CAAGGCACACGAGAGAUUUCCCCCACGACAUCAGCGGUGUGUGACUUUGAUCAUCAAAAACAAAUGAUGCGCGCGUGUGCUAAAGAGGCAGAGGGGAGAGGGUUUGGGGUCUAAAGAUUAAUAUUAUCACGUGUAUUACUGCACAGUACAAGCCAUGUUGCUUAACGACUGUAACAGACGAGGGGGGAAAGUUGUCGCUGUUGUUGUAGAACAUUCCCCGCCUCCUGAAUGAAAAUACGUGAACCUUUUUUCCACGCCUUCAAAAACAAGCAAAAUACCAAGAAAUACGAGGUUUUCACCGGAUGAGUGUUUGCUUUCUGCUCCUAACCCAAGACAAAAACGGCCGUGAUGAGCUAUGCGUCUGAUAAAAUGCUGGCUGAAAGCAGUAUUGUCAGAGGUGAUCUGCCCAGGUGAGGUGGCGUGGUGCUGACAGAUAUGGAGGUGGGAAGUCUGCCUGUUGAGCUUUGGCGCCUCAUUCUAGCAUACCUGCCUCUGCCAGAUCUGGGUCGAUGCUGUCUGGUGUGCAGAGCCUGGCGGGAACUCAUUUUGAGUUUGGACAGCACACGUUGGCGCCAGCUCUGUCUAGGAUGCCCUGAAUGUCGCCACCCAAACUGGCCCCGUCGCCCCCACCUGCCCCCGGUCUCCUGGAGAGAGGCUCUCCAUCAGCAUGCUCUUGCCAGCCGUACCUGGACCCAGAACGGCUCAGACCUCCACUCGUCUGCCUGCCUCCAUCUUUUCCGCCGGAGGAAAGACCGCAGGGUUUGGCAUGUUGGGACCGUGGCAGGAGGCGGCUAUGAGACUCUCAGGGGAGCGUUGGCGGCUGCAGGGCCAUACGAUAAGUUGGUGCUCCACGCGGGUGUGUACGAGGAACAGGCGGAGGUGUCCCUCAAGGUGCCUGUGGAGAUUGUAGGAAUGGGCAAGCUGGGGGAUGUGUCGUUAUUGGUGAGCUUUGAUCAACAGUGCCCGACAACGAGGCUGUGCAAUCUGGUGUUCAUGCCAGCGUGGUUUUCACCUGUGGUUUAUAAGACGUCUUCUGGUCAUGUCCAGUUGGACAACUGUAACUUUGAGGGCUGUCAGAUUCACAUCCGGGGUCCAGGGACAUGUCAGGCUCGUUUUUGCUCCUUCGCCCAGGGCAGCUCGGCCCAUUUCCUGGGGGUGGCCAUCAGUUUAAUGGACAGCUGUGAAUUCUCAGGGGGAGAUUCUGCCUCUGUCACUGUGGAAGGUGCUCCGGUCUCUGAACGCAACUGGGCCUUCAAACACCUGGUCGCCUUGGCCAAGACCUUCACCAUGAUGACUAGUAAUGGGUCAACUGAAAUAUCAAAUCAGAGUGGAAAAGACAGUAUGGGUGCUGGAAGUCAUGGAAACAAACCCUUGGAAGGAGUAAACACAAUGGAGGACUGGAGUAAACAGGAAGUAGAUUGGGAAACAAACUGGGCAAAACAGAAAUGUAGAGACAGUCUCCUUCCAGGUCAGGAUGGUACAAUGAUUGAGGAGGAUGGCAUGGAAACUUCAAGUGUGUCAAGUGAGGAAGAUGACGAGCAAGACGGCGUGAAAAGCACAUGCUUAAAACUUUCAUAUGACCAACACGGACUAGCGCAUCUCUCCAAAGCGGAUAUGCCCGAUUCUUCUGCAUUUCCUGCACUGUUGAGUCUGUCUGCAGAGCUACAGAGGGAUGCAGAGGCGCGGGAUUUGGCUGCAUCGGUUCAAGGCUGUCUGCUGCGUCGCUGUCUGCUGCGUGAUGGAAAAGGUGGUGUUCACCUGUGCAAUCAUGGUCAAGCUCGACUGGAGGCCAAUGUGUUCAGAGGACUCAACUAUGCAGUGCGCUGCAUCCAGAAUGCCAAAAUGGUGAUGUUGCGUAAUGAAGUGUGUGGGUGCAAGGCGUCUGGUGUGUUCCUGCGACUCUCUGCUCAAGGUCUCAUUGCUGAGAACAACAUUCAUUCCAAUGGAGAAGCGGGACUAGACAUCCGCAAAGGGGCUAAUCCUAUCAUACUGUGUAAUAGAAUCCACAGUGGCUUGCGUUCCGGGAUCGUUGUCCUGGGCAACGGAAGAGGUUCUAUCCGCAGCAACCAGAUCUAUGGCAACAAGGAAGCCGGCGUGUACAUUCUUUUUAAUGGCAAUCCUGUUGUCAGUGGAAAUCACAUUUUUCAGGGCCUUGCAGCAGGCAUUGCCGUCAAUGAGAAUGGAAGAGGACUGAUCACUGAGAAUGUUAUUAGGCAGAAUCAGUGGGGCGGUGCUGAUAUCCGUCGAGGAGGUGAUCCAGUCCUGCGCAAUAACUUCAUCUGUUAUGGCUACUCAGACGGGGUGGUGGUGGGAGAGAGAGGGAGGGGCCUCAUUGACGGCAACCACAUAUACGGCAACAGAGGCUGUGGGGUAUGGGUAAUGUCAUCUAGUCUACCUCAGCUCAUUGGAAACCAUAUUACCCAUAACCGCAUGUAUGGGUUGGCCGUAUUCUGCCGGAAGGACACAGAUUCUGCCGUGGGCCGAGAGGGCUAUCGCUCUUUACAGGAAAGAGAGAGAGGAAUCGGGGUUGGAGAGAGGGACAGAGGAGGGCCAGAGAACUUCAAUGAGGAAGGAGAACUGAUGGCAUGGGAAAGUGACAUCGAUAGCGAAGAUGAACGCUUUUCCUCCCGACGGCCAAUCACAGUGGCCCUAGUGGAAAACAACUGCAUUAGCCACAAUGGAGCUGUUGGAGUGUAUGUGAAGAGCAGUGAGCCUCUGAACGUGGUGGCCAACAUGGUGAAGAAUAACACAGGAGCCGGCGUGUCGGUCAUUCAGAGCACUCAGCUAACACGUUUAGUUGGAAACUGUGUCCUCUGUAAUGGCUGGACGGGAGUAACUGUGGACGGAGAGUGUCGAGUCGAGCUGCGCGGCAAUGGCGUUUAUGGCAAUAACUGUCACGGUGUCUGCUUUCGAGGCGAUGGGCUGAUUGUGGAAAAUGAUGUGGUCGGAAAUAAUGCGGUUGGAAUUCGAGUGAUGGACAAUGCAGAUGUUAAAGUAUUGAGGAAUCGUGUUCAGGCGUUGCGGGGUUAUGGGAUUUCUGUCAAGGAGCGGGUCCGAGGUGUAGUUCAGGAAAACCUGGUUUAUCAAGGCCACCCCACAAGUACUAAAACCCCCAUACGGACAAACACACAGAACCUGGAGUGUGUUGUACUUAACAACUCUCUGCUCACACCCAGAUCACAAGCACUCUGGGCUUUGGAGAAUCCACCUCCUCGUCCCCACAGUAGUAACCCUUCUAGCGUCACCCCCUCCACACUUCCUGCUCACCUUGCCAUCACCAUGACAAACAGAAUCACUGCUUCUGUAGAAAGCGGUUGCCAUAACAACGGCAGCAUCUUUUGCUCGAUUUUAUGAGGUACGUAGUUCCCGGCUCAACAACAUCAGAUGGAAAUUCAUCAGAUGUCACCUCAAUGUGAACCCUGGGUGAAGAAGGACAUAGAAGAGGUCAAGGCACUGCUUCGACAUGAUGAAAAAUCGGAUUAAGCUACAAGCACUUGACGUUCAAAUAACCAAAAGUAGGUUGUUUAGUGGUCAGAUAAUCAAACUAUGAAGGAUUAAGACCACUUUUUUGAUCUGAAAUGAAUCAUUCCACUCAAUCGAAAUGGAAGUGAAGCUGGUCUGGGAUCAGUGUUUAUGAGCAACUUACUGGAGUUUGCAUUUUAUCACGUACCUGAAAUCUGGUUGGCUACCAAUCCAGCUGAAAGCCCGUUCAAUACAGGACGGUUUACUGAGACAAAACUAUACAUGAAUUACUGGAAGCUUCUAUUCAACAAAAUCUUCUGUGAAUCAAUAAGACACAUGGAUUUAAUUGUCCAAUGAACCUACAGCCUAUUAUCAUUUCAGACAUUCACACCAAGUCAGGAGGGAGAAAGAGACACAAGGGAAGUAGAAGAGAGAGACAUGUCACAUGGCUUACGCUCUCUAUCUUCCCAAAAGACCAGAACCAGUGCUGAAAAUAGAAGAUAAACAAAUUCAGUGCACCGCGGGAAUUGUAGUCCCGCUGGCUUCUGCUGAGAUUCUGUAAUGGACAAGAGCAAAGCAGCCAAUCACAAGCUGGCAGAAUCUGUUUCAUCACAUCAAGUGGCAAUAUUCAACCUUCCUCUAAAAACAAUCCAGUUUUAUGUACAUGUGCACAUUAUUGAAGCGGUCUGUUCUUGUGUGACCUGGCAGUCCAGCCCAAACCGGCUGAAUAGAAAGGUUUGAAGAUUUUUCAAGAAAAAGACAAUUUAAACACCCCAAAGGAAUAGUCAGACCUAAAUAUGUUGUCAUCAGUACCCUCAUGCCAUACUAAACCAGUGACUUUUCUUCUGUGGAACACAAAAGAAGAUACUCGUAUUGUUAAUUAAACCGUUUCAGUUCCCAUUCACUUCCAUUGUAUGGACAAAAUUCAAUGAAGUUUGAUGAGAUAUCAACAUUCUUCAAAAUAUCUUCUUUUGUGUUCAGGAGAAGAAUUACAUACAGGUUUGGAACAACAUGAGAGUGAGAAGAUGAUGAAAUAUAUAUAUAAUAACUAUCCCUUUAAAUGUGAUUUAAAAGGCCUAUCAAUUAAUAAUUUAUUUUGAACUGUAUAGCAGUGAUGAGCUUUACUGACAUGAUAUGCAAUGGCCGCUAUUAUAGCUGUUUUACUAUUUUGCCAACAAGAAGCAAGAUUAUCACAGGUUUACAGCUAAACAGAACCGUAUGAAAACCCUUUUAAAAAACCUUUGUAGGUAAGAAAACUAACAAGAGACUAAUGAUGAAUUGUAACUUUAGUCAGUCUUCAGGUAGUUAUCCUAAAGUAGUCACAGGGCUUGAAACUGGUUGGAUUUCUUAAGAGACCUUGGCUGUGUUCAGAAUGGAAUACUAGCUUACUAUUUACUGAACACUGCACAGUAUAUACUGUUCAUUUCUGAUUCUUUUUUAAAGAUGCUAAAACAGUAGGUAUCAUUCUGAAUCUACUAACACUGUUAUCAUAUGACCUCAUCGCAUGUGAGGUGUCAACUUCAAUAUUCAAGGUUAUUUUGCAGUAAAAAAUAAAAAUAAAAGUGUAAAUAGUGUAUUGGGUAUCCUGAACAUUUGCAGUCUUUGCACCAAAUACAUACUUCAGGAAUAGUAUGAAAGUAUGCCAUUAUGAACAUAGCCCAUUAAUAAAAUUAGGGAUCUUGUAAUGUGAUUUCUUCCCAGAAUACUAGACAUUAUUUUUUGAAAGAUAGCCGUCUUAUGUUAGAUUUACAGCAGGCUGUUAUUAUUUUUGUAAUGUUUUCAUACCAACUGCUGGUUUGAUUCAUAAAGUGCAAUAUGUAUCUACUAAAAUGUGCCUAUUUUUACAGUAUGGUUUUUAUACUUAUUGUGCAGUACAAAUAUAAUCGCUAUCAUAGCAAAUUGCCUAAUUUCUG